AUGGGCUUCGUGAGGAUAGCUCAAGCUCAAGCUCAAACUCAAACUAGACCUAGACGAAAGAGGGCUGAUGGCAUCGAUACUGGACAAAAUUGCUUCUGGGAUCUUCCAACUUCUAUAACGCUUAUAAUUCUCCAAUAUCCGUUUUUGCUGCCGCCGCCGACAACAAACGGGGCCAAAAAUCGAGGCUUUCAAUUGGAAUCUAUUGGACUGCAACGACGACUUCAACCUCUCCAGUCGUUUCCUACCGACUAG